AAUCACCAAUCCAUCUCAGCCCAUAAAGAAAAGAUCCAUGCUUUCUUUGCACCUCUCCAACCUCACUCGUCAAUUCUAGAAUCUCAAGAACGCACUUUUUUGGUCGGAUAAAACAAACCCGACCAAUCAACUUGUUUAAAACAAGAUAGUUUUAUUAUUUCUUCAACUGCUUUGGGGCCUUGGAUUCCUUUUCAGUCACAUCAACGUUCGUUCAUAUGUAACAUCACCCACCCUUAUUUGGUGCCAUUGGUUUUGAUCAUCUAAGCAACCUUAACUACGUUUCAAAAAAAACUCUAUUUUCACUGCAACAAGGCCAAAAAGGAAGAAGGAAAUGGCUGAGCUAAGCUUAAUCCUGUUAAGAACGAAUGGACACAUACACCCCCACGACCACUUGUCCAACCCCUGCUGUUAUUGCACCAAAAAAGUUGCGUAACAUUCAUUCUUCCCACACAAAUCCCUAUUAGAUAAGCGCUAUGUGGUUGGAAGAACUUGGGUUGGAUCGAUAACGACGUUGAAAGAAAGCAGAGCUUCCCCAAUUUCCCAAAUGAAGAAACCCCAAUUCGCUCCAUGACCAAAGCAUCCAAUCUUCAAUGGCCUUCUACGAUUCCUACUACGAUUCUGCUCAAAUUGAGCCUCCAAUUCCGCAAUCCAGCUACGAACCCACUUUCUACAAUCUCUUUGACUACCCACCUCCUUGUUAUUUCGGUCAGGCUUAUGCUCCCUACACAUCCAAUUUCAAUGAAUUCCCCCAAUUGAUCGAGUAUCAACCCGUUGACCAUGGGGCUUAUGGCUAUACAAUUAGCUACUCGGCCAAUGCUUGUUCUGCAUCGACUUUCAGUGUCCCAAAAGUGAUCGAAUACGACCCUGAUUUGUAUAGCGAUGGUUACCAAAAGGUGUCGUCCCAAUUUGUGAUCUCCUACUCUGUUUCAGAAUUCAACGAGACAGAAUUUGAAGAGUACGAUCCAACCCCUUACGGUGGUGGCUACGACAUUCAUGAAACCUACGGUAAGCCCCUUCAACCUUCAACUGACAUUUGCUACUCACCCUCCUCUUCUUCACCUCCAAAACCCCCACCCACCGCAAUUCAGGAGGCACCAAAGGAAAAAAUUGAAGAAAAAACAAAGCCGUCGAGCGAAAUCAAGCCGACCCAGAUCGAGAAAGAUAACACGGCAUCUGAAUCUGAAGAAAUUGAGGAAGUUCAAGCGAUUCCCUUUGCAGAUCCGGGAAUAGGGUAUGGAAAUGGAAGGGAAGUGAACCAAUUUCCAAGUGGGUAUGGACUGGAAGCGAUGGAUCUUUGUGAAAGUUUAUUUGGGUAUUGGCCAUGUCUCUCACGGAUUAAAAAGCAAACAGGUUGUAGACAACCCAACAACGGCUGUGGGCGUUGCCAUGGGCAUUGCUAUUGCUAUGGCAAUUACGGCAACCAGUGGCAGACGGCGGCGGACUAUCUAUUCGGAAGCCAUAACCCAUAUCCAGAUGGAAGGAGUGAAGGAGACGGUGUUUAUGGGUAUCAAACACAGUAUCAAACGGAGCCUGUCUAUGGCUACGUUUGGUUGAAUCAAGACGACUUCGUUCGGUCCGAUGACGCUUGAUUUUCAUCCGGUUUCUGUGUAUCAACCUUGUAGAUAAUCUGUAAUUUCUUCUUCAUAAUAAACUCGAAUUUUAAUCUCAUCUUGUAGUGUAAUGGGCUUUUUCUCUCAUGUCGGCCCAAUAUUAGAGGCCCAAUAAAUCAAAAGUAUUCUUUUGGUUUGGGCCAAGCCAGUUCGAUCUCUCUGGAGCAAUUAAAUAAAUGAUCUGAUUUGUUUUAAA